AUGGGUUCACAUGGAAGAAGAUCAGGAAAGCUUCUCUUUGAUUCUUUUCGAAGUUGCUCUUGGAGGAUUGUGCCGAAAACCCAAAUUUUGCUACCCAAUAAAAGAUUUUCCCAGCAUGAACACUUCUUAUUGAUGCCUGCAUGGAAUAGAGUGAAAUUUCAUAUCGGGAUUUCAUCGCACAGUCUUGCAUCACAGCGACUAGGAUUACAAGGUAGAGCCAACAGGAACUUAUGUAACCCAUUUCUCAAUGAGGCAAGGAGAUUUUACUAUGUUUAUAAUGUGCAGCAGCAGGAUCAACGUAAGCCGCGACGUCUUAGAAGGUGGUUUCUUGUUGGUUUGUUGAUUUAUUCAGGGGUUUGUGCCAAGAUAUACUAUGAUCAUUUAGAAUCCGUUCCCUAUCACAAACGGACUCGUUUAAUUCUCAUUUCUGAGUCUCAAUUGAGGAGCAGUGGAGAGACGUAUUUCAAGGGAAAGAGUGAGUCUUUUGGAGACAGAAUAUUGCCUGAUGCACACCCUGAAAGCAUUCGGGUAAGAAGGAUAGCUCAGGAUAUAAUUGAUGCAUGCGAGGCUGAGAUUCAGCGCGGAGGGUCACAACUUAGUACUGCGAGGUCACAUUUGGACGGAUUGAAGUGGGAGGAGUUAGUGGUGAGUGGUUCUGGAGACGCCUUUCAUGUGCCGUGUGAUAAGACUGUGAUGUUUGAUGGGAUGCCUGAGCAUCUCAAAAGUGACGCAGAGGUAGCAUUCCUCCUUGGACAUGAGAUUGGGCAUAUUGUGGCAAGACAUUAUGCGGAAAACUUGACAACAGCGUAUCGCUUUCGCAUUAUGAAGUCCAUGCUCAAUCCAAUUGGCUUGUGGGAUGCAUUCAUGAAUAAAUAUGCUGCUCAUGCCAUCGCUACCUUUUGGAAGUAA